AUGGUUCCCCGUCCCCAGUCGUCCGCCGCAGGCGUUCUCGCCCUUCUAUCUGAACCUGAGCCACUUUUGAAGCAACAUGCUCUGAAAACUCUGACUGCCCUUGUGCCUCAAUUCUGGGCAGAGAUCUCCGAGCAUAUAACUCUCAUAGAAUCAUUGUAUGAGGGUGAUGAAUUGUCAGCGGAAGCACAUGAUGCAGCAGCUUUGCUUGCGAGCAAAGUUUAUUAUUAUCUUGGCGAGUACGACGAGGCGUUGAACUUUGCAUUAGGAGCAGGCGUCGCAUUUGAGGCAGAAAGUCGCGCACCGGGAGCGGAGGAAUAUGUGGAGACAGUCAUUUCGAAGGCUAUUGAUAAGUACAUCGAGGCCCGGGCGAUGGAGCAGCUAGAUGCAGGAGAGAAAAUCGAUCCCAAAUUACAGGGUAUCAUAGAAAGCAUCUUUAGACGUUGCAUGGCAGAUGGAGAGUACAAACAGGCAAUAGGUAUCGCACUGGAAGCGCGUCGCUUGGAUGUCAUCAAGCAAAUCUACGAAAACACACAAGAUGUGGGCCUUCUGUCCUACGCUAUGGAUGCUGUCCUUGACACGGCGUUUCCACUCGCGUACCGAGAUCAUGUCCUUCGAUUCCUUCUUCCACUUUUCCCGUCACCGAGUAGUGAAACGAGGUCACCCUAUGUGUACUCAAUCACCCGGUUACUGGUUACACUCAGCUCAGCCGAGCUGACUGUACCACUCAUCACCGCCCUCGUCCCGAAGGAGAGUCUACUCGCGUACCAAAUUGCAUUUGACUUAGUAGAGGGUGGCGCACAGGAUUUCUUAGAAAAUGUUCGAACCAAGCUUCCGGAAGGACAAGGUGAAACCAAGGCCGUCUACGACAAAUUACGUCGCAUUCUGCUUGGUCAAGAGUCCAUCAAACUCUAUCUAGAGUUCCUGAAGCGAAAUAACAAGGUUGACAUGCUAAUCCUGAAGAAUACAAAGGAUACCCUCGAGGCACGAUCGUCCAUUUAUCAUGUGGCGCUCACUUUUCAAAAUGCUUUCAUGCACUCGGGUACAACUUCUGACGUCUUCCUGCGCGAGAAUCUCGAGUGGCUAGGACUGGCGACAAAUUGGGCUAAAUUUUCUGCAACCGCUGCACUUGGAGUGAUCCACAAAGGCCAUUUUGAGGAGAGUAUGAACAUUCUCGGACCUUACCUCCCACACGCGGGCGGUGCGGACAGCGGCAUUCCUGGUGCAGCAUAUUCAGAAGGAGGUGCGCUCUAUGCGCUUGGACUUGUGAAUGCUGGCUGUGGUAGUGGCCGGCACGUGGAGGAGUAUCUGCGUUCUACUUUGAAGACCUCCCAAAAUGAGGUCGUGCAGCAUGGUGCAGCGCUCGGGUUGGGUGUGGCCGGAAUGGGUGGCAAGAACGCUGAGACGUACGAUGAGCUUAAACAGUCUCUUUUUUCCGACUCAGCAAUUGCAGGUGAGGCUGCUGGUUACGCCAUGGGAUUGAUCAAGCUCGGUACUGGGGACGCGGAUGCGGCAGGAGAAAUGUUGCAAUACGCAAGAGAAACGCAACACGAAAAGAUUAUUCGCGGUGUUGCUGUUGGCCUUGCCUUCAUGUUUUAUGGGCGGCAGGAAGAGGCUGAUCAAAUGGUCAAAACACUCAUUACUGAGAAGGACCCUAUCUUGCGUUACGGUGGUGUGUAUACUCUGGCGCUAGCAUAUGCUGGUACAUCGAACAACAAUGCGAUACGUCAGCUGCUCCACAUCGCGGUCUCCGACACAUCAGACGACGUUAGAAGAGCGGCAGUUACGUCGCUGGCGUUUUUACUUUUCAAAAAUCCCGCACAGGUCCCUCGUAUCGUUCAAUUGCUCAGCGAGAGCUACAACCCACAUGUGCGCUGUGGCGCCACUCUCGCAUUGGGCAUUGCAUGUGCAGGAACCGGUUUGCAGGAUGCUGUUGAGAUCCUUGAACCUAUGACCAAAGACAGUGUCGACUUCGUUCGUCAAGGCGCAUUCAUCGCCCUUGGUAUGGUUCUCGUGGAGCAAUCCGAAGUGUCUUCCCCCUCGCUGGCCUCAACUAGAGCAUUAUACUCCAAGAUUGUCGCCGACAAGCAUGAAGAUCCUAUGGCUCGAUUUGGUGCGGCUCUCGGACAAGGCCUCAUCGAUGCGGGUGGCCGUAACGUCACUAUCAGCUUGCAAAGCCGUGCUGGCAGCCGUAACACUAGCGCGAUUGUAGGGAUGGCCUUGUUUUGUCAGUUCUGGUAUUGGUAUCCUCUAGCGCAUUGCGCAUGCCUCGCGUUCGAACCUACCGCUAUCAUCGCACUGGAUGGCACACUACAGGCACCGAACUUUGAUUUCAUUUCCAAUGCGAAGCCAAGUCUGUUUGCGUAUCCUGCUCUCACUAAGCCCCCAAAGAAGGAAGCUGUAGCCAAGGUUGCGACAGCUGUCCUCUCCACAACUGCCAAAGCAAAAGCGAGAGAGAAGAAGAAAGCUGCCGCUGAGGGUGCUGAUGCUAUGGACAUGGACGAGAAAGCAGAUGCCAGGAAAGAUGGUGACGUCGAGAUGAAAUCUGAGGAAACUCAGUCGACACCAAAACGCAAAGAACCUUCUUUUGAGCAUCUUCCUAACUUUUCUCGUAUUGUUGCUGCGCAAGUUCCAUACAUCAGUUUCCCUCAUGAUGGUCGGUAUCAGCCUGUGCGCGCUGUGUCAACAAAGAGUGUGGCGCCGAAGAUGCCGAAAUCUGCCAAUAGGACACCUACUUUGGGAUUGGAGAGACAUGCUGGUGGCGGAGGUAUCCUCAUCUUGGUAGACCAACGUCCGGAUGAAGAGCCAGAUUACAUCGAGUUUGAAACACAGACUAUCAUUGCUGCAAACCAAGCGGUGCCUGUCUCCGAUGAUAGACCUGCUCAUGUGUCUGAGGGGCGUCACAUCUCACUCGAUGAGAGUGCUCCUGAGGCAGCACCACCGGAAUCAUUUGAGUAUCCUUUCGAUAACGACUCGUAG